AUGAUUGUAAAGCUGUUCUUGAGUUUGUUUUUCUGUUCAUUAAUUGUGCCAUCUAUAUCAACCAGCAUACAGGUGGUAAGUGGUGCCUCAGAAUCAGACCACGAUAUUGACGCGAUGCAAACAUUUGCUACCACAUUUGCAAAGUAUAUGGCACAAGGAGCGGAAGACCCAGAACUCAAAGCUAGUAUCACGAGUAGUCUUCGCAAGGAUGUGGAAGUCACACGUCGUGAAGGGUCAAAGGUUAAAAAGAGCAAUCUCAUCAAAGAAGCGGUGUCACACAAAUAUGCAGAUUUGGUCCAGGCUGAAACACCAGCUUUAAUUGUGAUUGACACUGAUGGGGUCACAUUUCACUGGAGAGCAGAAGUUGGUCCCUAUGAGGGAGAAACACUCUCUUUUAAAGUUGUACAGGUUCAUGACUCUGACAACUAUAUGGUUGGCAAAAUAACUCUUCCAAAGGAGCCAUAA